UCAGCCAAUCGGCAGCGGCCGGCGUCGGGUGCGCUCUGCUUCGCCCGCAGCCCUCCUGUCCCCGGCGUCCGCUUGCCUCGCUCACUCUGCCGCCGCCGCCGCCACUGUCCUGCCGCCGCGCCUCCGUUGCCCACUCGGUCGUCGCUGAAGAUGGCAGAGGCUCACCAAGCCGUGGCCUUUCAGUUCACGGUCACUCCGGAAGGGAUCGACCUGCAGCUGAGCCAUGAAGCCCUUAAGCAAAUCUAUCUGUCCGGACUUCACUCCUGGAAGAAGAAGUUCAUCAGAUUCAAGAAUGGCAUCAUCACCGGCGUGUACCCAGCAAGUCCCUCCAGUUGGCUCAUCGUGGUGGUGGGCGUGAUGUCAACGAUGUACGCCAAAAUCGACCCCUCCUUAGGAAUAAUUGCAAAAAUCAACCGGACCCUUGACACGACUGGCUACAUGUCCAGCCAGACCAAGAACGUUCUCAGCGGCGUCCUGUUCAGCACUGGCCUCUGGGUGGCUCUCAUCGCCACCAUGCGCUACUCCCUGAAGGUGCUGCUCUCCUACCAUGGCUGGAUGUUCGCCGAGCACGGCAAAAUGAGUCGCGCCACCAGGAUCUGGAUGGGCAUGGUCAAGAUCUUUUCGGGCCGGAAACCCAUGCUGUACAGCUUCCAGACCUCGCUGCCUCGCCUGCCUGUCCCAGCCAUCAGGGACACCGUGAGCAGGUAUCUGGAAUCCGUGAGGCCGCUCAUGAAGGAAGACGACUUCCAACGGAUGACGGUGCUGGCUCACGAUUUUGCUGUCAGUCUCGGACCAAAGUUACAGUGGUAUUUGAAGCUGAAGUCCUGGUGGGCUACAAAUUAUGUGAGUGACUGGUGGGAGGAGUACGUCUACCUCCGAGGACGAGGGCCGCUGAUGGUGAACAGCAACUACUACGCCAUGGAUUUGCUGUAUGUUCUGCCGACACAGAUUCAGGCGGCCAGAGCGGGCAACGCCAUCCACGCCAUCCUGCUGUACAGACGCCAGCUGGACCGGGAGGAGAUCAAACCAAUUCGUCUUUUGGGAUCCACAAUUCCACUUUGCUCUGCUCAGUGGGAACGAAUGUUCAACACUUCUCGGAUCCCGGGAGAGGAGACAGACACCAUCCAACACCUCAAGGACAGCAAGCACAUCGUCGUGUACCACCAGGGACGCUACUUCAAGGUCUGGCUCUACCACGACGGGAGGCUGCUGAAGCCCCGGGAGAUCGAGCAGCAGAUUCAGAGGAUUCUGGACGACCGGUCGGAGCCGCAGCCUGGGGAGGCAAAGCUGGCGGCCCUCACCGCGGGGGACAGAGUCCCCUGGGCCAGGUGUCGCCAGGCCUAUUUUGGGCGUGGGAAGAACAAGCAGUCUCUCGACGCCGUGGAAAAGGCCGCGUUCUUCGUGACGCUAGAUGAGACCGAACAAGGAUACAACAAGGAAGACCCAGACACGUCAAUGGACAGCUAUGCCAAGUCCCUGCUUCACGGCAGAUGCUUCGACAGGUGGUUCGACAAGUCGUUCACGUUUAUCGUCUUCAAGAACGGGAAGAUGGGCAUGAACGCGGAGCACUCCUGGGCGGACGCGCCCAUCGUCGGCCAUCUGUGGGAGUACGUCAUGGCCACGGACAGCUUCCAGCUGGGCUACGCGGAGGACGGGCACUGCAAAGGGGACACCAAUCCGAGCAUCCCGUACCCCACCAGGCUGCAGUGGGACAUCCCAGAGGAAUGUCAAGACAUCAUAGAGACCUCCCUGAACACUGCGAACCUUCUGGCGAAUGACGUGGACUUCCAUUCCUUCCCCUUCGACAACUUCGGGAAGGCGCUGAUCAAGAAGUGCCGCACGAGCCCCGACGCGUUUGUGCAGCUCGCGCUGCAGCUGGCGCAUUACAAGGACAUGGGCAAAUUCAGCCUCACCUACGAGGCCUCUAUGACCCGGCUGUUCCGAGAGGGGAGGACGGAAACCGUGCGCUCCUGCACCACCGAGUCCUGCAACUUCGUGCUGGCCAUGGUGGACCCGGCCCAGACGGUGGAACAGAGGCUCAGACUGUUCAAGAUUGCGUCUGAGAAGCACCAGCUCCUGUACCGCCUCGCCAUGACUGGCUCAGGGAUCGACCGUCACCUCUUCUGCCUGUACGUCGUGUCCAAAUACCUCGGCGUGGACUCCCCUUUCCUUAAGGAAGUUUUAUCCGAGCCUUGGAGAUUAUCGACAAGCCAGACCCCUCAGCAGCAGGUGGAGCUGUUUGACUUGGAGAGGAACCCCCAGUACGUGUCCAGCGGAGGGGGCUUCGGACCGGUCGCCGACGAUGGCUACGGCGUGUCGUACAUCCUCGUGGGAGAGAACCUCAUCAACUUCCAUAUUUCUUCCAAGUUCUCUUGCCCCGAGACAGAUUCUCACCGUUUUGGGAAGCACCUGAAACAAGCAAUGAAUGAAAUCGUCACUUUGUUUGGGCUCAAGCCCAACAUGAAAAAAUAAUUCCCUUAGAGGUGCUGGCAAGGAAAAUGAACUCUUCUGACACAAACCAAAUGAAAAAUAGGUAAUCAUCCUGGUUGUAGUUCGGGAUGAAAAAUUGCUCUUAAAAAACUCAGAAGUUUUCGUUCCAGAAAAAGUUGGUGUUUUUGUCCUCCUAGAUCAGUAAGUGAACAGCAUAGUUCCACCAUGUGAAGCAUGACCCUACUACUUCCAGGCUUGUCUUCACUUGGGGGACAUUUGCUAAAGUCCCCCUAAGGUCUUUGCAUCAGCUUGUAUUUAUUAAGUGAUUAAAAUAUUGAACUAAUUAAGGAAUUAGUAGGGUUGUGACUUCACACAGAUUGGAAAUGGAAAUGGCACCUCAGUGGUGACCAAAUACCUGGUACUUAAGGGCAUUUAAUGUCAUCAGAGCAGUAUAAACGUUGUUCUGUUAAAGUGUUGCUCAAGUUUUUGCUGUCAACAGUUGUCGCUAACACACUUGUAAUGCACUAACUGAAAAUGCUGUGCUUUUGGAAACAGGUUUUGGUCCCCGUGGGUAGCACUGUCGUCAUCUGGUCUGGUAGUCUGUAUGUACUUGCUUCUCGUGUUUAGAGCAAGCAGGAUGCCACAUCUUUAGUUUUACUGACCUUGCAUGUCUUCAAAACCCAGUGCCUUAAAAGUGAUAGGCCCUAGAUAAAUGUAAGGGAGACCAAUGAAAGAUUUAUUUUGUGAAGUCUUUGGGUGGGAUGUGGUUAUACUGUUCCCUUCUCAGUUUACUGAAUGGGUGACCCGAAAUGAGCGUUUCCCACGGUUCCCUCCCUCCCCCGGCUAGGCAGUGCCCUUGGGGGCUGCUGUGCAGGAGUCUUCUCAUUGAACUGCCUGCUUGUCGUUAAGCAACAAAAGAAGUGUGUUUCUGAAGAGGGGAACAAGGAAUAAGAUGGUUCGAUGUUAAUGUGUCUGGAGAAUUCACUCAAGAAUGAAAUGUAACAUGCGCCUCAUGAUUACUGCUCGCCCACGCGGACAGCAAGGGGAGCAGGACUUGGGGAAGGGAUGGGCAGCCCCCCGACACCUGUGGUGAGAGAGAAGACCCACUCUGUCUCCAGAGGAGCUGGAGGUCUGUGGAAACAGUGUGCCGGGUCGCCCUGGUGACCAAAGUGUCUAGAGUGACGGUGCUAGGUUAACAACCUAUACUAAAGAUAGGAGUGCCUUUGCCGAAAGCGUCUGAUUGACCACAAAACAAUUAUGCACUGAGUCAUCUUCAGUAUUUAAUGUAAAAGUGAAGCAUGGUAGAAUGAGAUUCCCACUGCCUCUGGGCCGUUCUGACAAGCUUAGCUGUUUUUUCAAUCAUGUGUUUAUUUUUCCGACCACUUUGUUCUAGCUGGGCUUGCCUCCUUCAGAGUUCUGUGCUCCAGUCGUACGAAAUCGAGGGCUGGACUGUUGGAGUAGAUGGAAGACGUUUGCUGAGGAGCACAUGUGGGUUUUCUUUAUGUAUAUUUUGUCACGUAAAAAUUCCACUUCAAUGGGCCAAAGAUUUUUUUUCUCUUAAAAGCAAAAAGAAAUGAAAACAAAAGACAAAAAAAAAAAAAAAAAAAGCAAAAACAAUAGUAACAAAACCCCCAACCAUCUGUGGUAUGCAACUCAAGCACAUUUGGGGGGAAAUAGCCCCUCUGCCCAGGGCAAGGGUAGCAUCCAAUCAAAAGCUGUCAGCGGCGUCAGUCUCUGUCAGAGCCACCUGGACCAUGCACUAUCGACCACUGAGCAGUCUGUGUUACCAUAGUGCUCACACAAAAAUUCAAGUGUAGCCAUGUUAGCGCUUCAGCAUAUAUGGGUUUAUCUCUCAGGUUUUAACUGUUUCAAAUGUAGUUGUUGCUAAUCAGUGCAGUUAUCAAUGCAAUUUUAUAUUCAUUAAAAAGAGGAAGAGUUUUUAUUGUACAUGUUGAAAGGGGGAGGUAAGAGUAUUAUGUAUUUAAUUUAAUGUGGAACAAACCAUAGUCUUAAUACAGCCAUGGUUUGAAUUUGUUAUCUUGGACUGUCCAUUGCAUGUAAAUACAAUAUGCUCUUUGGAUGUAAAUCUUAGAAACGCACAGUAUGAAUGUAGGUUAUCAUUUAAUAAAACAUUAAUCCCAGUCUA